AUGAUGGAAACACAACAACACCGUGGGAGGUCAUUGUCGGCCGGGCGCCAGUCUGACCCCCGUAUAAGACAUUCUCCAUCGCCACAAAAUCGUCAUAACCAAUCAUCGCCUUCAGGCCUCCCAACCACUUCUACAAACUUCACGUCUCAGGCUUUCGACUCGAACCUCUCCACUACAGCUGGGACUGGUCUACAGUACGGCUUGUCUCCCUCAUAUAUGAAUGGGUCUGCUCUGCAACCGCAAUUUCAACAACACGUGCUACCCAGCAACGAUUUCGGUGAUCAGAGGUUUGAGCAGUCAUAUCAGCAAAAUGGUCUAGAUCAAAGUUUUGGGCAAGACUCUUCACACAUCAACGGUCGACAAGAGGGUCAGUCAUAUCAAUCAGAUCCGCUUGGACUGGGAGCCAAUCUGUCCGACUACCGCCAACAAGACUUCGGCGUGAAGCAGGAACAGUCCUACGAACACAGCUUCAUACUAGACCCUCAAUUGGACCCGCCCCAGCAGAACCACAUAAACCCGGCAGACAUAAUGAGUAAUAUUUCCUCACCGCAAAUCAUGAACCCAACUCCGCCGAGCCUCAUGCCGCCAGAUGCACAUUCAUCAGGACCAGCUUCCCCAAUUACGAAUCAAGGCCAGCAAUGGUCUCCACAUCAUUCUCGACAUGCUUCGCUGGAUCCAUCCGCUGCCUUCACGAACGGGCACCAAUCGGCAGAAUGGUCGGGAAUGCUCACAGGAUCGCAAUUCCAGAACCACCGGAGGGCUCCAUCAGAGCAUUCCGAUGUUUCAUCUUCCGUUGCACCUUCACCUUACAUGGCACAGCAAGAUACUUUCGACACUUUCGACCAGAACCCAUCGCCAAUGUUGAACCCCCAGCAGGACGAACAGCUUUACCAAGGAGGCCUAGGCAUCGAGUCAUUUACCCUGUCAGAACCACAGCAGCAGAGGAAUAGUCCGAGACAUAGCCCUUUUGUGUCACCACGCAUGUCCCCUCAGCCUGGAAUGGGACUUGCCCAAGAAAAUAACUUCAUGCCUUUGUCCCAGGCAAAUAACAACUUCAAUGGAGGUCCUGGAUCGGAGUUGUACACCAACAAUCAAGCAGAAACCUUUCCCCCAUUCCAACACGAAGAGAGACUAGGUUCGAACGACAUGGGUCAGGCUGCUCAAAUGGUACCACCCGAGAUCAACGUUGAAUAUGCACCCACGACACGCCAGCAAAGCUUCGAGCCUCCAAGAUAUGAGCAGUCUGACAUGGAUGCAUUGAGUCCUCCGGACAGAGGUGACUUUCGCCCUGUUCCACUCUUGACCCCACCUACUAACAACGAACCAGGUCGAAAAGGGCGCAUGCGUGCCAAAUCAGAUACCAACCUAUAUUCACGCCCAGCGACUCCCAGCUCUUCGCAAUCGACCUUGGGCUCCACCGACUCACACAUCGAUCAACGACAUCGAUCUCUCUCGCCAUAUGACAUGGGUUAUUCCCCUAGCGUUUCCAGCUCCAGAGAAUCUUCGCCCGCACCUAGAUCACCGUCUCGCCGCUCGUCGACCUCUUCGAUCCCGAAUCGUGAUUACAUCCUCGAGCUGGCCGACCCCAGUCGACCACCGGCUUCUGGAACGGAAAAGCGGAUUCAAAAACAUCCUGCCACGUUCCAAUGCACCCUCUGCCCCAAGAAGUUUACUCGUGCUUACAAUCUCCGAUCGCAUCUUCGCACUCAUACGGACGAGCGACCAUUCGUAUGCACAGUCUGUGGCAAGGCUUUCGCUCGUCAACAUGAUCGCAAAAGGCACGAGGGGUUGCACAGCGGAGAGAAGAAAUUUGUUUGCCGUGGUGAGCUUGGCACAGGCGGCAGCUGGGGAUGCGGCAGAAGAUUUGCUCGUGCGGACGCUCUCGGCAGGCAUUUCCGAAGCGAAGCCGGCAGAGUCUGCAUCAAGCCAUUGCUAGAUGAAGAGGCGAUGGAGCGACAGCGUGUAUUCGACGAGCAGAUGAUGAACCAGAGCAUGCAAGUUGGUGGUAUGGCGCCUCAGCCACCUAUGAACGGCAACCAGAACGGUGGCUUUGCUCUCCCCGCUGCACUGUUGUUGCAGUACCCGGCUUUGCAGGGUCUGCAGUGGGAUCAACUAGGUCAGCCUGGAGCUGGUGACGAAGGAGAGAUUAGUGGUCGGAGUAGCUUUGAUGCCAGUAGCGGUGGGGAAUACUUUGAUGAGGCCGAGGAAGCUGGCUAUGUGAGUGGGCCUGGCACGGCAUACUCGACCAAUAAUGGCUGGGAAGGGGAGCUGGGGAGGGGUUGGGCGAGCGAUUACGGAGAGUGA